AUGGCUGCUACUCAAAAUCCACCUGAUGCGGCAAAGUCAACUGAUCCAAAUGAACUUAUUAAGGCUCCAGAACAAAUAGAAAUUGAACAAGUACCAUCAACUGAUAAAGCAAUUGGUCAAGUUCAACCUUCAGAAAAGAAAGUAAAUCCAAUAAUUGAGCCAAGAAAAGAUGUAUCUGCCCUUUCAUCAUUUAUCGGUCUGAGAGAAUCCCUUAAAAAAAAUAAUACCGCUAAAAGUAAUGUUUCAUUAGUUAACCUUACACCUAGUGAAGAUUUAGAUCUUAGUAAUAUCAAAACUAAACCCCCUUCUAGAAAACCAGUUGAUGUCACUUUUAGAGGUUGGAAAGAAGUUGGUAGAUAUGAAGAAGAAGAUAAAUUGACCGAAGAAGAUGAAUUGGUUGAUUUAUUAUCUAAAACCUCUAUAUUUGAUAAUUAUAUCCCACCGGCAGCAAUUGGAGAUUGGUAUCAUAAUGUUGGAUAUUUAAUUGGAGGUGCAUUAAUCUCGUGGUUAAUUGGAUGGUUUGGCUUUUCUGCUGCUCCAUUAUUCUUUGUCAUGGUUGUAUUUUCCUUGUUAUAUCGUGCCUCAGUUAAGAAAUAUAGAGCAUUAUUAAGAGAAGAAGCUCAAAGAGAAUUCUCAGUCAAAAGAAUUGAAAGUGAUUAUGAAACAAUGGAUUGGUCUAAUUUAUUUUUGGAAAAAUUUUGGUUUUAUUUAGAACCUUCAAUUUCUCAAAUUGUUUGUGAAAAUGUUAAUCCAAUAUUAGCAUCAUCUCCAGCACCAGCAUUUAUUCAAAAAUUAUGGAUUGAUAGUUUUACAUUAGGUACUAAACCACCUCGGGUUGAAAGAGUCAAGACUAUGCAAGGUACUCCUGAUGAUGUCGUAGUUAUGGAUUGGGAAUUUUCUUUCACCCCUAAUACUAUAACUGAUUCUAGUACCAAACAAAUUAGAAAUAACAUUAAUCAGAAAGCAACAAUCAAGAUAACUGUAUUUGGAAUAACCAUCCCAAUAGCAGUAUGUGAUGUUGCAUUCCGUGGGUAUGCCAGAAUUAGAAUGAGAAUGAUGACAUCUUUCCCUCAUAUUGAAACGGUUAAUGUAUCAAUGUUAGAACCUCCACAAUUUGAUUUCAAUUCUAAGAUUUUAGGAGAUAUGCCUUGGUAUUGGGAAGUAUUAUGUAUACCUGGAUUAUACCCGUUUAUUAAUGAAAUGGUUAAGAAAUAUGUUGGUUCCAUGUUAUACCAUCCACUUUCUUUCCAAUUGAACGUUCAACAAUUAUUAUCGGGUUAUUCUUUAGAUUCGGCUAUUGGUGUCUUGGCAAUUACUGCAGAUUCGGCCAGGGGGUUAAAGGGUUUCAGUACUAUUGGAAACACUUUAGAUCCAUACUUGACAUUUGGUUAUAAAGAUAAAGUAUUGGCCAAAACUAAAGUUAUUGAUGAUACUAGUGAACCAGUAUGGAAAGAAACGGUAUAUAUUCCAGUUUCAUCAUUGUCAGAACCUUUGAAUAUUUCCGUUAUUGACUUCAAUGAUUUUAGAAAAGAUAGAACGGUUGGGGUUAUUCAAUUCGAUGUGGAACAAUUAUUAGAUCAACCUAAACAACCAAGCUUGACCUGUCCAUUCUUGAGAAAUAAUAAACCAGUUGGUGAAUUGAAAUUUGGUGCUGUUUACAUGCCAACAAUUGAACCUAUCAAACAAGCAGAUGGAUCAUUCACUCCACCACCUGAUUUAAACACCGGUAUUGCCAGAAUUGAAAUUGUGGAAGCAAGACAUUUGAAAGGUGGUGAUAAAGGUGCUAGUUCAUAUGCACAAUUGAAAGUCAAUGCUGAAACAGUUUUAACCACUAGUACUCAAAAGAAUACAAAUACACCAGGUUGGGGUUCAUCAACUGAACAAAUUAUCUUUGAUCGUGCCAAAACUAGAAUCAAAGUCAAUAUUAAAGACAAUAAUGAUAAUUAUUUAGGACAAGUUAGUACCAACUUAAACUCUUUAAUUGACGCUACCCAAGUUGAACAUACAUGGUUCCCAUUAGCAAAAGGUGGAGAAGUUAGAAUUACUGCAACUUGGAAACCAGUGGCUUUGGAAGGUGCAAGUGGAUCAGGAGGAUAUACUCCACCAAUUGGAGCUGUUCGUAUUUCUGUCAAACAUGCGGAAGAUUUACGUAAUUUAGAAGCGAUUGGUAAAGUAGAUCCAUAUGUUCGUUUAUUAGUUAAUGGAUUUGAACGUGCUAGGACAAUUGGAUUUGAUUCGACUUUAAAUCCAGUAUAUAAUGAAAUUCAUUAUGUGACUGUUUCAUCACCAAAUCAGAAAUUAACUAUUGAAGUUAUGGAUUAUGAACCUAGAUCACAAGAUAGAACUCUUGGGUCAUUUGAUGUUACUUUGACUGAUAUUAUUCAAAAGGAUGAAACUGGGAAAUAUAUUGAAUAUAUUGAUGAGAAGGAUAGAACUAAUAAAUUGAUUCAUAAGAAGGGUCCAAAGGGGUCAGUUACUUAUUCACUUUCAUUUUAUCCUGCAUUACCGGUUAUGUCAUUACAAGAUAUUAAGGAUGAAGAAGAAGAGAAGAAAAAGGAAGAAGAAGAAAGAAAGAAACAAGAAGCUGGAUCAAAGGCAAACAGUAAGGCAGAUCUCAAUAAGGAUGAACAGAUUAAGAAUGAUACUGAAACCCUUAGUAGUAGUAUUGUUGAUGAUGAUGAAGAAGAAGGAAGUGAGUCUCAAAAAUUGAAAUUAUCUCUUGAAGAAUUAAUUGAAUAUAGAAGUGGUAUUUUCAUCUAUGAAAUAAUUGAUGGUACACUUAGUAAAGAUGAUGUUUAUCUUCAAGCAUUUUUUGAUAAUUACGGAUAUCCAAAUUUCACCAGUUGGGAAAUCAAAAAGAAAAAGACCAAGAUUGGAUUAACUGGAGAUGUAGUUAUCAAAGAAUUAGAUUGGUCCAAAGCAAAUUUCCGUAUUUCCAAAAGAAAGGACGACAAUCGCGCUACAAAAGCAGUUGCAGAAACUACAAUCCCUACUUUACAACUCUUGAAAAAUUGUUAUUAUAAACCAUCACAAUUGAAACUCGCCGGUGCAGGUGAUGCAAAUUUCACCAUCCAAUGUUCUUGGAUCCCAUUAAUUUAUGAAUCAGGAAUCCCACCCCAAGAUUCAAUUAAUAAUGCCGGUAUGCUCACCGUAGAAGUUAUACGUGCGGAAGGACUCCCUGCUGCCGAUAGCAAUGGUAAAUCCGACCCAUUUAUGCAAGUCUAUCUCAAUAAUGACAAGGAAGAAUUCUUAAAGACCAAAAAAAUCAAAAAGACACUUGAUCCAGUCUGGAAUGAAUCAGGUACAACUGAAGUCGCCAAUAAAUUCGAUUCAGUACUUAGAUUAGUAUGUUAUGAUUGGGAUCUUGCAGAACUGAAUGAUUUAUUAGGAAUUGGGGAAGUUGCUUUGAAAGAUUAUGAUACUCGUCAAGGUACUCAAGAGGCUGAAGUUGAUUUAUUUGGUGAAAAUGGUGAAAAAUCGGGUAAAGCAUAUAUCAAACUUUCAUUCAAACCUGCAUUUGUCAUGACUGUUAAGCCAAGAGGUACUACCUCUAUUGGGUUAAGUGCUGUUGGUAAUGUUGGAAGAGGGGUAGGAAAAGGUGUUGGAACAGUUGGAAAGGGUGUAGGGACAGUUGGUAAGGGGGUAGGAACUGGUAUUAGAGGACUUAGGAGAGGUCUUGGUUUAGGUGGUGGUUCCGAUAAGGAUUGA